GAGCGCGCUUCAGCGUGUGAACGCGGCGUGGAUCGAGAAGAAGCUGAAACAAGUUAACUGGCUGAAUUUUCGACUUUCGACAGGCUCUCGCAGUGUCUGCCAAGAAAAAUUCUGGCUGGUCAAGUCCCCACUGAACGCCCAGAAGGAUGUCAGACAGCGAGUCCAUCAAAAAAAUGUUGCGUGCUGUACUGCAGUCCAGCAAGCAGGGUGUGUGUAUUAGCACACUGCAGUCAGAGUUCCGCUCACUGUGUGGAGAGAAUAUCCCCCUGAGGAAACUGGGCUUCUCCGAUUUAGAAGGCUACCUCAGGAGCAUUCCCUCUGUAGUGCGGCUGGACUACCACACUGGGGAGUCUGUUUUACAGUUGAGAUGCUUUGCAGCAGUAUGUAAAGAGACGGCACACAUUGCUGAGCUGGUGGCCCGGCAGAAGAGUUCCAAGAAAUCGGGAAGCUCCCAAAUAGUUAACUGCAAGAUGAGACGCAAAGCUUCCGACCCUUUCUUGUUGAGAGGUAGGAUAGGGUGGCCAAGGUCAACUCUGCGCCAGCCUUCAGCUCAUAAUGCUUUCAGGCCAGCAAACCGCUAUCAACCCCACGGUGGCUACAGAGGCUUCAGUGCCUCAGGAGAUGUCAGGUACAUGCUAUUGGACAAUAUACAAGGAUUCACUCCACCAGUUCAACACAGACAACCUGCCUCCCAACAAAGUGUGAACGCGUGUGUCGCCCCUGACAGGACCAAUAAUUUGGAAAGGCUCCACAAAGCAAAAGGGAAUCCACCUGAACAAGUUUCAAGACUCAAGUGUUCGGAGUCAAGCCAGUAUGAUGUGAAUCUGGUGCAGAGAAGACUAACCCAACUAUUGCAAAAGUACUGCUAUGGGCUGUGGAUGUCCAAACUGCCAACGGUCUUCAGUGACAUGUUUAGUCAGCAGCUCCCUCCUCAGGUGCUCAUACAUCUGGAAAAGUGGAAACACAUUUGCAUGGUAGAGCAAUCGUACAGCACCAGUGGUGACCGCCUAAUUUACCCUUCUCUACCGUCCUAUGGUGCUCCUAGAAGCCGCUCCCCUGACUGCACCACAAAAUCUGCCCUCAAGUUGAGCACUGUACCUGCAUGUACUUCCUCACAGGCCUCUACAUUUGAGAAGCCAGCUGCAUCUCUUCCAAUGUGCCCUGUACCACAACCUAUGAAGUCCUUAGCCAAGCCUGCGCUCCCCACAGCUCCACAGCGGGCUUGUCAUGUCACUUCUCAGCAAGCAGUCCAGAACAGUCUUGCAGUUACUUCCAGGAAUGUGAACUUUGUCACAGCUACUGACAAUCUUGGACAAAAUUCUCAAAAUCCCCCCAAAACUAACCAUCCGACCUUAGGUCCCUCUUAUCAACCCACCUCUGAAGCUUUAUUGCCACUAACAUCCACAUUUUCCUCCAGCUCUGAUUCUGGCCCUUGUCUUCCUAACUUAGCUUGCUUUCAUCAAUCAACCUCUGAAGCUUUACCACUAAUGAAGUCCACAUUUUCCUCAAGCUCUGAUUCUGGCCCUCGUGCUCCUCCCACUAAGGUCUGUGCUGACACUUUUCCAGCUGAUGUGUGGGAAAGGAUAAAAGAGCUUCUGUCUAAGUAUAGCAGUGGGGUAUGGGUCCAUGCAUUGCCCAAACUUUUCAUGGACACGUACAAGGCCCCAUUCCCUGAACAUCUCCUGGAUAAAUUAUGUCUUCUGUGUACUGUCGAGUACCCUGUUCCAUCUGACAAGACGAAAGCCAUUCUUUAUAACUCCAUCAGAGGACAUAUGGAAGUAACUGAUAGCACAGACUGUAUGAAGGGCAGAAGCCACAGUCUUCUCUCAGGUGUGGAGAUUGUGGGUCCUGUGGUUCCUCCCUGUCUAGUUCAUCCUUCAAUGCAGUACCCCUCUGUGCUGGUUAUUGAUGCCAAAAGCAGUAAUGCUGUUACCAUACGGUAUGUAGGUGAGGGCUAUUCCAAGGCACAGGAGGCCAUGGAAGAUGCGAUGCUGUCCUUUUAUAGACAAAGCUCCACUCUCAAGCCUCUCUCUAACCCUGUUGUGGGUCAGCUAAUAGCAGUCAAGGGAGAGGAUGGUGAUGAACUGGCCAGAGCUCAGGUCACAGAACUCAUGAACCUCAACAAGGUCAAGGUUUACUAUGUGGACCAUGGCUUUACGGUGGAGACGACUAGAGAACAUCUUCUGGAGCUGCAUCAGGACUUCCUUUCGCUUCCUUUCCAGGCGACAAAUGUUAGGCUGGCAGGUUUAGAGGCGUUCAGUAUCCAUCCGUCUGUGUUGUCCUCAUUGGAUAAGUGGGCAACUGGAAAAAUCGUUCUGAUGGAAAUGUUAGGGCCUUCUCCCCCGAUUGACUUACCUGAGGUAUUACUGUAUAACACCUCGCAAGAAGAUGACAUCAACAUAAACUCUGUCUGCCUAAAGGAUCUGCAGGAUGAAACCAUGAAUAACCCCUUAAUUGUGAAUUCUACAUAUCAGAAUGUAUGUGUCACAAAUGUAUGUGCCAAUGGCGACAUCUUUUGCCAGCUGCCCUCCAGAGGAACUGCAAGACUCGGCAGGUUGUUGGAAGAGACAGAAGCAUUUUUUAUUUCCCAGAUGACAUCAAAGUACUUGGUUUCUAAACCUUUCAGUGGCAAGGUGUGUCUGAUCCGCUACCAAGAAAAGUGGUCUAGAGCAGAGAUCAGCAACCUUCAUGGCAACAGGGUAGUGGAGGUUGCCUUAGUUGAUCUGGGUGUUCCAGCAACUGUCGAGAUCACUGAACUAAGGGAGAUUCCUCCUCUUUUGAUAAAGGAUUUCACUCUCAUCCCACCGCAGGCAAUCAAAUGUCGUCUCGCUGAUGUGACGCUUCCAGAGGGAGACUGGAGCCUAGAUGCUGUUUUAUGGUUGAAGAAUGCAGUCCUUGGUGUCAAAGAUUGCAAAAUGAAGAUCUGUAAAUUAGGGGAUCACAAAGGAGAGCGAUUGGUCCACAUGUACCUCUUUGUGGGUGCAGAUGAUGAUGAAGUGAGCAAGAGCAUUAACCAUCAGUUGACCCGUCCAGAGUUGUGGCAGAUACUCACCAGCAAGCGCAACUCCAUGGGCAUUGGUCUCAGUGCUUCAUUGAGGAGGCUGACAACUCACCCUCAUCAUGGACCAUGUGAAUCAUCUUCCCCAGAGAGGACCACAAGAAGGAUGCCCCCACCAUUGGAGCUCCCCCUGCCUGGUCAGAACAUCGAUGUCCAUGUGCCAGUGGCUUGCCACCCUGGUUAUUUUGUGAUGCAGGCAUGGCAGGACCUACAUAAACUGAUGGUCUUGAUGGGAGAAAUGAUGCUCUACUAUAACCAGACUGUGAAAACCACCACAGCCAUGCAGAUCAAUAAAGGAGAAGUCUAUGCAGCCAAAAUAGAAAAGAAUUGGCAUCGUGUUGUGGUGAAGGGGAUCUUGUCCAAUGGGAUGAUUUCGGUCUACGAGUUGGACCACGGCAAACAUGAGCUCGUCCGCAGUUCUCUCCUCCAACCCUUGAUUGAGGAAUUCCGGCAGCUUCCUUUCCAGGCCAUCACUGCACAACUGGCAGGUGUGCCAAAGCACAAGUGGUCAGAGGAGGCCUCCAUGGUAUUCAGGAAUCAUGUAGAGAAGCAUGCACUUGUCGCCCAGAUCGAAAGUGUACAGGACCCCUCCGAGGUCAUGGGUGAACUGUGGGGGCGCAAGUUAACGGUCUAUUUAGUGGAUACCAACGUGGAAUGCAAGGACGUUUGGAUACACAGCCUCAUGGCAGACAUCUGUUCUGAGCCUUAGAACAUCAGGAAUGUUUUGGCAACAUAAUAUUUCAUCUUGAUUAGCUUUUAUUUGCUGUGCAUAAUGCAUAUAGAUUGCAUUUUGGAUUACACAUGGGAACACCUUGUUUGUUAUUUUCUUUGCCAUUUGUUAUUGUUGUGUUUCUGGAAACAUGCUGCAAGUUCAUUAAAAAUUGCUUAAGAA